ACAUUUUGACAAUUGUUUUCGAUUUUUAUCUCUUGUGUUAUUGCAAAGUGCUCGUGUUAUUGUAAACCUUAAAUGGAUUUAUUAAGCGAUGAAAUCCGGCCAUGGGACGCCAACGACGUUAAAGAACAGUUUGGAGACAGUCUCAUGCUAUUGCCUUCGAACGAUAAUAUCAAAGAAUUGCAGAGUAUUUUACGGGAUAAAAAUACAUCGCGAAGUGAUUUCAAGUUUUAUGCGGACCGUUUGAUAAGGUUAGUGAUUGAAGAGAGCCUGAACAAACUGCCGUUCACGGACUGCGAGGUGGUGACGCCCACGGGAGCGUUAUACAAAGGGCUGAAGUAUGGAGCUGGGAACUGUGGCGUGUCUAUCGUGCGGUCCGGGGAGGCUAUGGAACAAGGUCUCCGAGAUUGUUGCCGCUCCAUCCGCAUUGGCAAGAUCCUGGUGGAGAGUGACACAGACACGCAUGAGGCACAUGUAGUCUAUGCCAAGUUCCCCGAGGACAUUGCUCGGAGACAGGUGCUGCUCAUGUACCCAAUCAUGUCCACAGGAAAUACUGUUAAACAGGCGGUGAACGUUCUGACACAGCACGGCGUGAAGGAGGACCGCAUCAUAUUGUCCAACUUGUUCUGCACGCCCGCCGCCGUACGAGCCGUCGUAGACUACGUGCCCAGGAUGACGAUACUCACCUCCGAGCUCCACCCAGUAGCGCCUAACCACUUUGGACAGAAGUACUUUGGGACUGACUGAAAGUUUCUGGGGCCAAUUAAUUGCUUUCACUAUUUUGUCUGGUAAACUUAAAGAGACAAAACAACAACAGAAACUGGCUAACAAUCCUAAUGUUUGAAAGGAACAUGAGUGAUCUUUUCCCCUCAUGGUGAAGAAAAGUUGGGAGUCAAUACGCUUUUUUUUUAAUUGCUUGUGUGUACAACGCAGUUUCAAUAUUUUGAUAAAUUUCUUAAUUGCAAGUUUGUUGAAAACAACACUAACACGAUUUCAUUGUGGUUCAUGAGAAUUGUGCGGAAAAUAUAAGUUUGUGAUAAACUACUUAAAAAUAUAAGUUUAAAAGAGUAUUUGACCGAAAAUACAUGAUAUUAAAAUCUCAUUACAUAAUUUAUUAGAAAUGUAAGCUAUUGAAGCUAAGAAAUGUAAACAAUUGAACUAUUUUUUUAUAGGCUGGGCACAACUAAGCGCCACUUGCACCAUCCCACUAACCCGGGGUUAACUGGUUAAACCUGGAGUUACCAUGGUUACCAGUACAGUUUGACACUGGGUUAACCCCGGGUUAGUGUGAUGGUGCAAGUGGGCCUUAAUACAGUAUCAUGAGAUUCAUGACCAUUAUUAAUGUGCUACCAAUGAAAUUUAUUUAUUUAAUUUAUUUAGAAACAAGUAUGAAAUAUGCUAAUGGCAUAGUGCCUUGCCUUGGUUCAGUUUAAUUCCAGAUCUUUUUAACUGGUCAGGAUGUUUAUUUAUUGUAUUAUACUAAAUUGUAGUCAUUAGGAUAAAAUGAGAAUAAAUUUGUUUAUGUAUAAAU